CCCCCCGUUCGUUCUCCCCCCAAUCUCUUUCCUUCUCUCUCCUGCGCUCAGUUCCCCAGGUCCAUCGCUCAGCUCCUCUCCUCUUUUCCUCUCCUUCCCUGUCUUCCUUCUUCCCUAGUCCCCGGCGCCCACACCUGGGGACUAUCCCCCUGUGGCGCCUGCCUACCUCUCCCCAACCCUUGCUCCCCACCCUUGAGCCCCGGGAAGAUGCGGCUGUUCCCUGGAUGGCUGGCCCUGCUCCUCAGUCCCUGGUUCCUGCGGAAGGCCUCCAGUGCACAACUGCCGGUGUCCCGGACCCCUCGUUACCUGGAGCUGCGUCCUGCUGGAGCUGGAGCAAGCUCCUCAGGCCGCCUCUUUCCGGCCCCGCGUUCCUCUGAAGGCUACGGCGCUGCCGACACCUGGAACUGGGCCUGGCCAACUAACUAUACCGGGGCUGGGGCUGGGGGGCCGGGCGGGGCCGGGGCAGGCUUAGCCCCCCCAGCACAACGCACCAAGAGGAAGCCUUCGGUCAAAGCAGCCAGAGCGAAGAAGAUCUUCGGUUGGGGGGACUUCUAUUUCCGGGUGCACACCCUCAAGUUCUCUCUGCUAGUGACUGGCAAGAUAGUGGACCACGUCAACGGCACUUUCAGCGUUUACUUCCGGCACAAUUCCUCCAGCCUGGGCAACCUAAGCGUCAGUAUAGUGCCACCGUCGAAGCUUGUAGAGUUUGGAGGGGUCCUGCUCACCGGGCCGUCACCUCACCCUCUGCAGUCCACUCUGGCCCUGGAGGGGGCGGCCCUCUCUGGGCUAGGGUCUCCCCUGGGGGUGCCUUCGGGGGGAUCGCUAGGGAUGCCGUCGGGGGGAACCCUGGGAGGUGCCCUCGGGGGCGCGCUGGCAGGUCCCCUGGGUGGAGCCCUGGGAGUCCCCGGGGCCAAGGAGUCGCGGGCUUUCAAUUGCCACGUGGAGUAUGAGAAGACAAAUCGAGCCCGGAAGCACCGCCCUUGCCUGUACGACCCAUCGCAAGUGUGCUUCACGGAGCACACUCAGAGCCAGGCCGCGUGGCUCUGCGCCAAACCCUUCAAAGUCAUCUGCAUCUUCGUCUCCUUCCUCAGCUUUGACUACAAACUGGUGCAGAAGGUGUGCCCGGACUACAACUUCCAGAGCGAGCACCCCUACUUCGGAUAACAAUUCCCCUGCUUCCCCAGCUACUGCCCUUUGCUUCCCUCAAACCGAAUCCUCCCGUAAAGGAGGGUGUCGGGGAGCCCCUCAUCCCAAAUAUAUUCCCACAUUCCCUCUGCCCCGGGAUCGCAUCAGAUGAGGACGACAGCUGGGCAGACAGGGAAGCCUGGGCGCCACCUGGCCCAGGGUGAGGGAGGAGGGGCUUUCAUUCGGGGGGAAGAGCGGUGGGAACUCCCACGGGAGUCCUCGCACAUCUCUCCUUCCCUACAGAUCACCUCUCUUUUCCUUCACCCUCUUAAGAUUUUUCCUUCCACCUCGGAAAAAGUGUUGCUGCCCAGGACUCCAGACACUUCACCUUAGCUCUGUCCUCUUCCAGUCCGUCUCCCUUCCCAGAAGACCCCAGCCCCUCCUUCCCAAUCACUUUCACUUUCCCCAGGGGGAGGAGAGAAGAAAAGGGGAAAUAGUUCAAUGAGAAUUUCUAUUGCUUUUGCCCUAGGCUUUAGAAUCUCCAAAGCCAGUGCUGGUCAACAGCUCCUCCCCCAACACCUUCUAACCUAGCUCCCUAUAAAUCCAGUCCACUACCCCAAGAUGUUUAUACUCCAGUUCUCUUCUAGUAAUUCCUGGCCACAUAUAAUCCUGGCCCACCCUUGUAAUGUCUAGCCCCCACCUUUACUAUGCCUGAUCCCUUAUGAUACCUAUUCACCUCUCUGUGAGCAUCCAAGUCCCUAGCUGGGGCAGGAGAAAAGUUAGAGCUGAAAGGAUGGGGAGCUGCUAGUCCCCUGCUGACCUUCCUCAAUGGGCAGUGGUGUCCAGCCCUAUCCUGCUUCUCCUUCUUGCUGCUUCUUAUUUUUCUAUGCCUCUCCCACCCCCAAGUCGGAUGAAAAGGGAAGAAAAAUAAAGUCAAAUCCAAAUGAA